AUGACCGACCCCUCACCCGAUGAUAUCAGAAUGCUGAAAUGCUUCAUCCAACCACCCAACGGAGCAUCUGAGGAUGCCAGCCCCGAGAAUGCCCCCAUCGUGACGACCUUUGAAGACAUCCCCCCCAACGGGGGAUAUGGCUGGGUGUGCACGUUUUGCGUCUUCAUGAUCAACGUGCACACCUGGGGCGUCAACAGUGCCUGGGGCGUCAUCCUCAACUACUAUCUCUCCCACGCUACCUUCCCCUCGGCCAACCACCUGGAAUUUGCCAUCAUCGGCGGACUGUCCAUCUCGCAAUGCCUCCUCAUCGGCCCCGUCGUCACCAAAGCCAAUGACACCAUGGGCACCACCAUCACCCUCCUCACCGGCACCGCCCUGAUCUUCACCGCCCUAUUCACGGCCUCCUACGCCACCCAAGUCUGGCAUCUCUUCCUCACCCAGGGCAUCUGCUUCGGCACCGGCAUGGGCUUCACCUACCUCACCGCCACCGCCAUCCUCCCCAAAUGGUUCUCCACCAAGCGCAGCUUCUCCAGCGGCCUCGCCGCCUCCGGAGCCGGUCUCGGCGGCCUGGCAUAUAACCUCGUCGCCGGCCGCGUCAUCGAAACCCUCGGCGUGCAUACCACCUACCGCAUCCUGGCCUUCUGCGCCCUCGUCUCCAACCUCCUCUCCUCCCUCCUCCUCAAAGACCGUCCCCACUCCCAUCCCCACCCCGCCCCCCGCACCCUCCUGAACCACCGCGACCUCACCCACCUCGAAAUCAUCCUCGUCAGCAUCUGGGGCAUCUCCACGGACCUGGGCUACAUCGCGCUCAUCUACUCCCUCCCCAACUACGCCUCCUCCAUCGGCCUCACCCUCCAAGAAGGCUCCGUCGCCGGCGCCCUCCUCAACCUCGGCCUCGCCCUCGGCCGUCCCCUCAUCGGCUACAUCAGUGACGCCUACGGCCGCAUCACCAUCCCCAUGACCAUGACCGCCCUCUGCGCCCUCCUCUGUCUCGUCAUCUGGAUCCCCGCCCACUCUUAUCCCCUACUUCUCCUCUUCGCGCUCUGCGCGGGCAUGGUCUGCGGGACGUUCUGGAGUACCAUUGCCCCCGUCCUCACGGACGUGGUGGGGUUAUCGCGGCUGCCCUCGACUUUCGGUUUAAUUUGUUUGACUCUUGUGGCACCGAGUACCGUUGCUGAGGCGAUUGCAUUGAGUAUGGUUGGCCGGUCGGGGUAUUUGGGUGCGCAGGUGUAUAUUGCGUGUAUGUUUGUGCUUGGGGCGUUGUGUUUGGGGGUGUUACGGUCGUGGCGGUUUUAUGAGAUGGAGAGGAAGGCGGCGGGGGAGGCUGAGGGGGUGGGGGAGGAGUUUCCGGGGUAUUUUCAGUGGAUGCGGGUGCGGAAGUUGUUUUUGGUGGGGAGGGUGUGA